CCGCCCCCUUCCCCCGACACCUGCACCCUGGCCCUAAGGAGGGUGGAGAGUUUCUUCCUUAUCAGCCGUUUUACUGCCCCCUCCUCCCUGGUUACACAGCCGCUGGGAACAGAGCUCCUGGCCAGGGCAGGCUGUGCCUGUCAGCUCCCAGCCCACGGCUCCGGGGCACAGAGAAAGGCCCUUCGGUGCUCCCUCGGGGGCAGGGAAGGGCCUGCAAGCCGGAAAGAAGCAGAAAAGACGCCAAAGGCAAGCAGAAACAUCCUGUCCCGAUGCCCACGGAGAGGUUUCUAAAGUGAGGUCGGGGAGCGAAGACAGUCAGGGCGAGACCAGCACUCAGCCCAUCGGCCCAUCACCCAUCGGCCCAUCACGGAGAGCACCUGGCAGUGCCCUGUGACCCCUCCCUGGGCCGCCACCUGCAGGCCAUCGGAAGCACGGGUGCUCGGAAGGUGCAUUCUGGAGUCUAGACUCCGCGGAGCUGAGAGACAGUCCCGGGGGUCUCUGGGAACACCCUCAGCUGUGGCGCGGCCCCCGACGGAGUUGGCCACCUGGGACCCAAGGGGCCUGGCUGGAACCAGCGGGAAAGGCCAUAAGCCAGAGAAAGGGCAAGAAGGUGGACCCACACCCCAGCUCUUCCCUGGGGGCAGGCUUCUCCUCUGUCCAGCUCUGUGCCCUGCUGCCCACUGGCCGUGACCUCAGGGCCUGGGCCUCGGCUAGAGACGGAGGCCGCCCGCCGGAGAAGACCCUUUGCAGUAAGACCGAAGCCAAUUUGGGUCCAGCCGGGCCAGCUCUUCCCAUGGGACCCGCACCUUGAUCCCAGGCGUGAGCGGCAGCGGCCCAUGGAAGUCCCUGGGGAGGCAGCGGCGGCGUGCCUGGAUACCCCGACAUGAGGAUCCCGACUCUCCACCUCAGCCCUCCCUCUUGAUCCCAGGAGCCUCUUGAUCCCAGGAAGCAGCCACCUACCACCAGAGUCACCCUGGGCAUCCACAAGCCCCCUCUGCCCUCCUCCCAGCUGCCCACGGAGAGUGCCCAGGGGGGGGGAUGGAGAGGAAGGACUCGGGGUGCUAUGAGGCCCCCAGGAAGCUGGGCCUGUCCUUCUCCAUCGAGGAGAUCUUAAAGAGGCCCGCCGAGAGGAGCGACGGGGACAGGCGGGAAGGGGCAGGUGGACGGAGCACCGGGCAAGCGGCGGCUGCAGGCUCCAGGCUAGAGAGGCCCCCCCAGGACCAGCCCCAGGAGGAGAGGAAGAGCAAGCGGAGAGUCCGAACCACCUUCACCACGGAGCAGCUGCAGGAGCUGGAGAAACUCUUCCGCUUCACCCACUACCCAGACAUCCACGUCCGCAACCAGCUGGCAGCCAGGAUCAAUCUUCCAGAGGCCCGGGUGCAGAUCUGGUUCCAGAACCAGCGAGCCAAAUGGCGGAAGCAGGAGAAAAUGGGCAACCUGGAGGUCCCGCAGCAGCCAAGUGAGGCCGAUGUGGCCCCAGCCGUGGCCGGCCCCCUGCUGCCGCCGCCCGCGCUGUCCAGGCUGGUGCCUCCCCCGGGGUGUUAUCCACCAGACCAAGGUCAGCUGGCCUCUGCCUGGUUUCCUGCUGGAGUCACUCUCCUUCCACACCACCCAUGGGAGACACCACCUCUCCCGGGCCCUGUCAUCCUGCAGACCUGCGUCCCUGCCCUCUGCGUCCUUCCGCCUCCACACCCCAUGUGGGGCAGCAUCUGCGCCACUUCCACAUAGGGACUGGGUGGACAUCCGCUCCCCAGCGGGGCCUGCUCCUCCCCAGGUGACAACUAGUGGCAGGAGGGUGCCCUGGCAUCUGGGGGAGUCAACCUCCUGAUCCAAAGACGGCCCACAUCCCAGGAAGCCACCCAGCAUGCCCAUCAGAAGGCUGCAGCAGGCUCUGCAGCAAGGUGGCCCUCCUGGCUCAAUGACAGAGGCGUUCGGACCUCAGGGGGAGCUCGGGAACCAGGAGGUCCUUGUCUUGCACCUGUGCUUCCUCCAACAUGCUGUGUGACCUCCAGCCAGUCACUGACCCUCUCUGGACCUCAUCUGUAACAGGAAGCAGCUGGGCAGGUGACUUCUGAGGGCCUUUGGUGAGGUGAACCUCGGUGACAGCAGAGGCAUAGAGGGGGCCAAUGAGGAGUUGUUGGCUCUCUCAUACCUGACACAUGUAUUGAGUACCUACUGAGCCCUCCGUCAAUGGAACUGGAUAUGGACAUGAGCGGCCGAGGCUCCGCCCCUAUGAGCUCAGUCGAGGGGACCAUCCUGGCCUUCUCCUGCAGGUCCAACCUUCGCCAAUGACCUUGCAGUUGGCCCAUGUCUAUCACAUUCUGUGUGGCUUUGAUGUGAAUGUCUUAAAGAAAUAUAGGGAAACUUUUUUUUUUU